GCUGCAUCAUGGAGGCGACUCCAGGGUUCCUCAGUUUGGGCCAGAGUGAAGCCACGCCUCCAGCUGCCGGGCGGGCAGCACCUGAGGGUGCAGGUAGCCCUCUGCUCCUCCGUCUCCAUCACUCCAUCACUGACAGGAGGCGACCAUGCAGCGAAGCCGGACACACCUGCGCCACCUUUUACUGGGGCUGCUUUUUGCGCAAACGUAUGCGGAACUGCCCAUGUGCAAAGAGUCAGAUUAUCACUUUGAGUACACAGAGUGUGACGUACUCGGGUCACGAUGGAGAGUUGCAGUUCCCAACAAAGCCGACACAUGCACAGGCCUCCCAGACCCAGUCAAAGGCACUCAGUGCACCUUCUCCUGUAGUGAAGGGGAGUUCCUCGACAUGCAGUCGCAGCAGUGCCAGAAAUGUGCUGCAGGCACCUAUUCUCUGGGCACUGGCGUGGCCUUUGACGAGUGGGACAGCCUGCCGUCUGGUUUUGUCACCCACGGGGUGACUGCGAAUGGCGGGGAUUCCCACACAGAUUGCUCUAACUCGACCUGGACACCGAAGGGUGAUUACAUAGCCUCAAACACAGACGAGUGCACUGCGACGCUGUCGUAUGCUGUGAGCCUGAAGAAACCUGGAACUGUGUCCUUUGAAUAUUUCUACCCUGACGACAGCAUUUACUUUGAGUUUUUUGUUCAGAAUGACCAGUGUCAGUCCACAGACACUGAGAGUCGCUGGAUGAAGAUCUCUGAGAGCUUCUUCAGCAAAUACGCGGUUGAGCUGAAAAGCGGCAACAAUGUGCUGUACUGGAGAACCACUGUGUACACUCCGGAGGGCAGCGCUAUCAAACCUGUGCUGUUAAGAAACAUCGCCAUCUCAGGGGUGGCCUACACAUCAGAGUGUUUUCACUGUAAACCGGGCACCCACAGUGCAAAGGCAGGAUCUGCUCGCUGUUCCCCCUGCCCCGCUGACACCUUCUCCAACAAAGGGGCCACAGUUUGCCAUCAGUGUGAAACAGACAAAUAUGCAGAGGCUGGCUCAGGGAGCUGCAAGCAGAGACCUGCGUGCACAAACAGUGACUACUUCUACACCCACACACCAUGCGACUCUGAGGGAAAGACUCAGCUCAUGUACAAGUGGAUCGAGCCAAAGAUUUGCAGUGAGUCUGUUCAAGGAGCCGUGAAGCUGCCCGCAUCAGGGGAGAAGCAAACCUGUCCUCCGUGUAACCCGGGUUUCUUUGUCACCAACUCCUCCACCUGUGAACCCUGCAAAGAAGGUUCCUACUCAAACGGAACAGUCUGUACCAAGUGCCCUGUUGGCAUGGAGCCAGUGGUGGGUCUCGAAUACAAAUGGUGGAACACGAUGCCGAGCAACAUGAAGAGCUCCAUCUUCCGCAGAGAGUUCAGCGACUCCGAACACAGCACGGCAUGGGAGGUGGCUGGAGAGUAUGUCUACACUGCCCCAGGAGAUCAGGACACAGACUACCUGAUGCUCACACUAAAUGUACCUGGAUACAGGUUGCCUCAGUCCGUGGCCACAGACAGUGAGAGGACUGAACUGUCUCGCAUAACCUUCGUCUUCAAGACCACGUGCACAGCAGACUGUAAAUUUUUCUUCCUGGCUGGUUAUAAUCAGUGGAAUAAUGAUGUGGUGGAGCACUGGACAGGCAGCAACAGCAAACAGUCGUACUCCUACCUGAUCCAGAGCAACAGCACCACCAGCUUCACGUGGACAUUUCGACGAACAGAGGAAGUUAACGUGGAGAGGAAAUACGGCGCUGAUUCUGCAAAGAUCUUCUCUAUCCACAUCACCAAUGUGAUCGGAGGCGUGGCCUCUGAGUGUCGCCGCUGUGCCCUGGGCUCUGCUACGGCUGACUCCGCCUGUGUUCCCUGCCCACCGGGACACUACAUGGUCAAUGGGACAGGAGUGUGUGUGAGCUGCCCGACCAACACCUUCAUCAAGCCCGAACAGCCAAUCGGAGAGGCUGCUUGUGUUCAGUGUGGACCAAACACAAAGAGAAACAAGGCUUACACAGCUUGUCUCAGUGACUGUGCGUUGGACGUGCAGACGAGUGGAGGCGCCCUCCUGCACUAUGACUUCUCCCCUCUGGUCAACGUCACCGGCUUCCACAGCAGCCCCCGCUUCACCAACAAAGGCCUGAGAUAUUUCCAUCGCUUUAAUUUGGGUCUGUGUGGGAAAGAGGGCCGAGUACAGGCAAAGUGUGUGGACAAUGUUACAGAGAGCGGGAAAGCAGUCAAAGGAUACGUCUGUCAGUCCACUGUGGUUCCCUCUGAGAUCAGGAGUCAGAGCGUGGUGUCCGCCCAGCCUUUCAUCAUUGGUGACUCACUCAUUGGUGUGACCACUGACACAAAGCUGAGCAGCAUCUCCUCUCCAGAUUGGUUGUUCCCUGCUUCGUCUGGCCUGCCAGAUGUCAUCUUCUAUUACAAGUCCAGUGAGACGACUCAGGCUUGUAAACAAGGCAGGUCGGCCACCGUCCGACUGCGAUGUAACCCCACAGUGACUGCUAAAGACCACAUCACACUGCCAAGUAACUGUUCAGAGGGGACUUGUGAUGGUUGUACUUUCCACUUUCUGUGGCAGAGCCAGCAUGCAUGUCCACUCUGCACCAAAGACCACUACAGAGAGAUCGUCAGCGCUUGUGUCCAGGGAAUACAGAGAACCACGUAUGUGUGGCAGCAACCAUUGCAGUGUUACGGAGGAGAGUCACUACCGGCACAAAUAGUCAGUGCAUGUGUGACUCUGGAUUUCUGGCUCAAUUUUGGUGUUUCCUUGGGAACGAUUGCUGCUGUGCUGCUCAUCAGUAUCAGCUGCUAUUUCUGGAAGAAGACACGCAAGUUGCAGUAUAAGUACUCUAAGCUGAUGAUGAGCUCUGGAGGUAAUGACUGUGAGCUGCCCACUGCAGACAGCUGUGCAAUAAUGGAGGGAGAGGAUGCAGAGGACGAGCUCAUGGACCUCACCAAGAAAUCUUUCUUCACCAAAAUUAAAUCCUACUCACGAGAGAGGACAUCAGAUGGAUUUGACUCAGUUCCACUAAAAUCGUCAUCUUCACGCCAUCAAAUAGAGGAGGAAGACUCUGAUGAUGCUUAAUUCAGAGGAUGAGCAGAUCCGUCCACCUGAGCGCAGAGGACGUGGUUAACCUGAGACAAACAGCUCCAUAAGGCAGAGUCACAGAAAACAGAAAUUUGUGUUUAAAUGCAUUUUAUUUAUUAGAAAACAACACAGGCUUACUGAGGGCCUUUUAAAAUAAUGAAAAAAGUGAAAAAUAUGAAGUAUUAUUUGUCAUAUGUUAGGCUGCCAAACCUAAUACUACAAUAGAAAGUCUCCAUAUUGGGGACAUUCAACAUCAUAGUAUGGAUUAAGUUACAAUUGUUGUAGAUGUGUGAGACUGUGUACAUUUUACAUAACUGUGAAUGUGUAUUUCCUUCUUUUUCUAUUUAAUUCUUUAAAUUUGUUUUUAUUAGGCUAUCCUGUUUUUUAUGAGACCACACAUCCAGUUCAGUCUUAUAAUGUUUUUCCACAAUACCUAUAAUUAUAUUUUCUCCAGCUUUGCAUAACCUUUUCUGCCGCCCCUAAAGUCAUGCCAUAGUGUUGCCCUAUUGUGAAGUAAAAUAAUUUUCUAUAAUAAAAACAAAUGUCCAUCUCUGGAAAAUAUCCUCUAAUGCUGCCUUCAAGUGCCUCUUGUAAGAUAAUUUUCUAAAGCAUGAAAAUAACUAAAUACAUUUCUUCACAUCACAUGCAUUAUAUAAUACUUUUACAUUGCUGCUUUAUAUGUUGAGAUGUUUUUUUUUACGUGUGCUUUGGAAGAAAAAAUACCCCUAUAUAAAAAGUAAUUGUUCCAGUUGUUAGUUUAGUUAAGAAAAUUAGAAAAGUGAAUUUUAACUCACAUGUAAUAGCUGUUUUAAAUAUUCAACCGAAUACUGUUGACUCUAAAUGACAUGAUUCCUAAGUUAAACAGGGCAAAACAACAUUACAACAUAUAAAACAAAAAUCUUAUCUCUUUUCUGAAAGUUUCCCUUGAAGAAUAAACCUUUUAUUCACAGAAUACAUCUUAAAUUUCCCAUCAUACAUACUGCACUGAAACACCUCCAUUUCACUACUGAUACUACUACUACUACUACUAGACAGAAAAUACAGUAAACAACAUAAGUAUAUUUCAGGAGUAGGAGGAAGUGAAUACUUACCAAAUCCUAACUCCUUUUCUUUAAAUUAAUUUUAAGGGUAAAAAACCCAACAUUAUAUUAAACAACAAUAUUCCCACUUUCAGCCCCAGUAUUGAUUAUACACACCUUGAUCGAAUAAAAAAAAAACCCAAUUUGUAAUAGUUACCCAUUAAUAUACCUUAAAAUAAUGUAACGCUGAGGGCCAUUGUGCAGCAUUGUGAGUAAUUUUUUAAAAACUUUUUACACCUGAAGUUAAUUUAGCUGAUAAUAGUUUUGUACUUUUACAUGAAUACGUUUUUGAAUGAUUAACUUUAUAAUUAUAAUCGGUUGUUGUUGUUUUUUUAGGCCUACUUGUUUUUCUGCCACUGUGCCACCAUUAAAGCAUCUUAAUAAACA